AUGGCAGCGGGUCUGACUUGUCCUUUUGGCAUCUCCUCAGCCUGCGAAGCCCACGCCUCUUGGAGAAUCUGUGGGGCUGACGCAGCGGAGGAGGUUCUGGGCACAGGCCACCGCCAGGAGGCCGCCAUGCCCCACAUUCCUGAGGAGGAGGAGCCCCCUGGAGAACCACAGGCAGCCCAGAGCCCUGCCGGCCAAGGCUCUCCGUGUGCAGGACUGUCUUGCAGCCCACCCACCAUCAUCCUGACUGGGGAUGCCAGUUCGCCAGGAGGAGGAGCUGACCAAACCCUGGCCAGCAGAGCUCACAGUCCACACAGGAAGCUUUCUCGCCGACACCUGAAGGUUUCCACUGCUUCGCUGACUUCUGUGGACCCUGCCGGGCAUGUUAUCGACCUAGUAAAUGACCAGCUGCCAGACAUCAGCAUCUCAGAAGAAGACAAGAAGAAAAACCUGGCGCUGCUGGCAGAGGCCAAGUCAGUGAGUGAGAAGUUCCUGGCACGGCGCGGGAGGAGGUCUGGGAGCAGCCCCGGAGACUCUCCUUCAGCUAUUUCCCCAAACCUCAGCCCCGGAGCUUCUCCUGCGUCUUCUCGGAGCAACUCACUCACGGUCACCACGCUGCCAGGUUUGGACGCAUGCAGUGGUUCCCAAUCUCCCCUUCCAGGAGCUCAAUCACAGCAGAAGGGGAAUGAAGCCGAAGUCUCUUCACCACACCUUGGCAAACCUAAUGUCCCCAAAGGGCUAGCUGACCGGAAGCAGAAUGACCAGAGGAAAGUGUCUCAGGGCAGGCUGACUCCUCGCUCUGCCACCGUUGACAAGUCCAAAGACACUGCGAUGGAACAAAAGGAAAACUGCGACCCCCGGCGGCACCCCGAGGCCACAGGCAGGGGCCCAGCUUCUGGAGCAGGCAGUGGUGGCAAAAUGGCUCUCAACAGCCCACAGCCUGGCCCCGUUGACAGUGAACUGGGGAAACCGCUCUCGAAGACAGCCAAGGAGGGCAGUCCUCUGCCCAGAGGCCCGGCCCAGAGCUCUGGAGGAACAGUAACCUCCAACCCACAGGGGAAAGGCACAGCUGGCGAGCCAUUGGGACCCAAGGCUGGCUCCAAGGCUGAACUGCGAUCCCCCGUGUCCAGAGCCCCCCUGCUGCGGGGGGUCUCCUGGGACAGUGGCCCCGAAGAGCCUGGCCCUCUGCUCCAAAAAGUGCUUGCCAAGCUGCCGCUAGGGGAGGAAGAGAAGUGUUUCCCAGGCAAAGCUGGCAGCAAGCUGGCCAAAGCACCCGGACUCAAAGACUUCCAGAUCCAAGUGCAGCCCGUGCGGAUGCAGAAACUGACCAAGCUCCGAGAGGAACACAUCCUGAUGAGAAAUCAGAAUUUAGUGGGGCUCAAGCUUCCAGAACUCAGUGAAGCAGCUGAGCAGGAAAAAGGGGUCCCUUCUGAACUUUCCCCAGCUGCUGCUGCUGCUGAAGAGGAAGAAGAGUCAAGCUGCGGCCUGGAUGUCAUGCCCAACAUUUCUGACGUGCUGCUGCGUAAACUGCGGGUCCACAAGUCUCUCCCUGGAAGUGCCCCUCCACUCACUGAAAAGGAAGUUGAGGUAAGUGAUCUCAAUACUUUACGAAAUUUAAUGCCUGGCUUUGACAGGGGCUAUUCAAAGCAUUCCCUACUCCCAUCCCUGCCCCAACAAUCUUACAAAAAAGAAAGAGUGACUAAUGGACAUCCAUACACAGGCUUUGGUCUCAGACAGCCCAAGCACCGUGAGGCCUACCAGAAGCUGCUGGAGGACAUUGCUGUUCUGCACCGCCUGGCUGCCCGCCUCUCCAGCAGAGCCGAGAUGGUGGGGGCUGUUCGCCAGGAAAAGCGCAUGUCCAAAGCAACGGAAGUGAUGAUGCAGUAUGUGGAGAAUCUGAAGAGGACAUAUGAGAAGGACCAUGCAGAGCUCAUGGAAUUUAAAAAACUUGCAAAUCAGAAUUCAAGUCGCAGUUGUGGUGCCUCUGAAGAUGGGGUCUCUCGCACGGCACGGUCCAUGUCCCUCACGCUGGGAAAGAAUAUGCCCAGGCGGAGGGUCAGCGUGGCAGUGGUCCCCAAGUUUAAUGCCCUGAACCUGCCUGGCCAGUCUCCAAGUGCACCAUCCAUCCCCUCCUUACCUUCCCUGUCAGAAUCACCCAAUGGAAAAGGAAAUCCACCUGUCACCUCAGCACUGCCUGCACUUUUGGAAAAUGGAAAGACAAAUGGAGACCCAGACGGUGAAGCCUCUGCUCCCAUGCCAGCUCCGAGUUGCCUGGGGGAGAUCAGCCAGGAGACUGAGGCCAGGGCGGAGGAAGAAGCACACACCAAGAGGUGCCAGGAAGGCUCAAAGAAAGUGAAAGAGCUUCAAAACCUCGAGGAGGAAGAAGAACAGAAGAGUGAGAGUCUCGAGGAGCCUGAAGAGAUAGAGGAAACUGAAGAAGAGAGGAGGGUGCAGAAAAGCAGCAGACUUAAAGAACUGGUUCAUUUCUUACAAGUCACGUAUCCCAAACUGUGUCAGCACUGGCAAAUCAUCUGGAUGAUGGCUGCAGUGAUGCUGGUCUUGACUAUUGUACUGGGGCUCUACAAUUCCUUUCACUCUUGUGUGGAGCAGUCUGAUGAUGGCACCCCUGCAAGAUCCACUUGCUCUGCAGCCCAGAGGGACUCCUGGUGGAGCUCAGGCCUCCAGCAAGAACAGCCUACAGAGCAAUAGGAAACGGACACUUAGACAGUCCCAGCUCCAACACAGCCUCCCCGCCUGUUAUCCAAGCACAGUGUGCCAAGCCCAGUUAUGGGGACACAGUUUCUAGCCCAUCAGAGAAUGAACAAGGGUUCUUUCACACUUAGUGCCCUAUGGGAACUAUUCACACACCAUGUCUGAUGUUCCUAGAGGAUCAAGAAAACUGCCCUGGAAAAGGAUCCGAUGGACAAAGAAGUCACCUUCACCAAGAAGUUCUUAACCUGCCCCUGGCUUCAGUGACUAGGGAAAAUACAGAAUAUUCACUGCUAGGGACAAUAAGGAUUUCUCACUUUUUUCCUCUCUCUCUCUCUCUAAUUGGAAACCAGUAAGAACUGGGACUAAACACUGACUCUGUCCCUGAAGGUCAGAUCUGGAGUUUGGAGCUGUAACAUGACUAUUUUCCCACGUCCUCUCUCAUUCUCACUGACUUACAGCCUUUCCUUUCUCUCCUUUGGAAUUGAGUUUCUCUUUACAGAGUAAGAAAGGCUUCUCUGAACAAUGUUGAGGCUGAAUUUAGCUCAGUGCUUAAGACGAACAUGGGAAGAUGUGUACUGAUACAUGCAUCUGUAUACACACUCACACGCAGCACACGUGUACAUGAAUGAAGGCAGCAAGCCUCCAGGCGUGUGCUGAAUAAAGAAAAUGCAUGUGAAGUCAACACGGAGUCUCACGAGUUGUGGGCAGUCACCAGGCACCUGCUCAGUGGGCUUGUCCCAUGAAUCUAAGAUGUCUGAAAGGCACCGAAAACUCAUGGUUCCACUAACAGUGAGCUUGCUCGUCUCCAUUUCAGAUGCUGUGCUAAACCGUUGAGGGGCACAGCCUGACCCUUGUGCUCUUCCUUUGGAGAGCAGUUCAUGCAUGACCAGCUGCAUCAUCUUUCAGCUGCUUUUUGCUUCCUUGAGCCUGCAUGCAAGCGUGCGGACGCACAGCAGUGUUUCAGCUCAAAUGGAAUUUCCAGCCCAAGCAAAGGUUUGAAAGCAUCACCAGCCAGUCAGCAGGAAUCCAAGAGGCCACAUCCUAUUUUCAAUCUCAUUUCUCCCCACUGUUCCUGCUGCUGCCUCUGUUCAUCCCUCACCAUGUUUAUUUUUUCUUUUUCUGGGCGGGUUUUUCUUGUGAUUACUUUUGCUUUUCUCUUUUGUUGCAAAUGUUGGCUUUGUUGUUAACACUUUUUUACAACUUAGGAUGAGCCAAACUCUACCCUAGGUAUUAUAUUGGUAUUAAUUCAUUUAGCUAAGAAAAAAACCAUGAAAUGGUUUCUACUCUUCCCAUUUUCAAGUAACACACACACGCACACACGCACGCUCACACACUCAUACACACACACACACACACACACACACACAUGCCAAAGAUACCCAGUUAAUAAACAGUGGAACUAGAACUCAAGUCCAGGCAGACUCUUUUUUUUUUUUUAACCAGAGCACUGCUCAGCUCUGGUUUAUGGUGUGCGGGGGGAUUGAACCUGGGACGUUGGAGCCUCAGGCGUGAGAGUUUCUUUGCAUAACCAUCAUGCCAUCUCCCCUGCUGCUAGGCAGACUCUUAACCCCUCCACUGAACUGCUUCUUCCAAAGGUCUUUCCAACUGAACACCGCAAUUCUUACCUCACUUCUCACGUGUGCCUUCAGCUACCAUUUCUGAUUCCCAGGCUAACCCGUCUGCAUUCAUGACUCUGUGCUUCCAUUUGCUAGUUUCUCUUCAGGACCAAGUGCCUUUCAUCUGUUCAGGCACUGAUCCCACCAGCUCCCCACCACACUCCACAUAGUAAAGCACAACUCUGUCACUUUCAAAACGUUCUCCCUGCUGACCAUUAAGAUAGAACAUAUCGCAGCAACUAUGUGUCUGUCUCACAGCUGUACUCUUUAUUAAAAACAGAAAGCACGCUUACCCAGGGGUAAGUGCCUAGUAUGGUGAUCGAUGCUGGACCACAAGAACAAGUUAGCACUUAAAGUGGCAGAGACCAGUCUGAAGAUAGCUGGCGUGAUAUCACGCACAGUUCUCAGCACCAGAGCUUUCAUCUCUCAGUGAGAAAAGACACCUUUAUUAGCCUCAACUUAUUCUGAUAUAUUUACUCUACUGUGGAAGAGAGCAGAAAUAAGAUUGGACAGCGAUAACAUUUCUAAGACCAGGGGCUGGGCUUGAUGUAAUCAGUCUGUUCUGGAAUGUCCACUUAGAUAGACUCCACUUUAAAACAGCAUGCUGAUUUAAGCAAUAAAUGUCCUUUACAGUCACAAGAAAGCCAUGAAGAGAAGGCCAAGGCAGGUUGAAUAAGGAUGUGCCAUUAAGGUAAAGAGGUACGGAUCACGGCAGACAGACCUUGGGGACAUCGUGAGGUGGUCUGUCCUGCCUUCUGGGUUGGGGAAGUAGGAGAGUCAGGCACACAGAAGGAACUUUAGGCCCUCAGAAUCAGGAUGCAAAUGAGUUCCCAAGACAGUAGCAAGUCUAGUCUCAGCGGCCCUCCCUGAUCACUUUGCCCCAGGGCUCCCGUCUGUGUGCAUUGAGACUGAGGUCAGGGGAGCAGCAGAAGGGCCCCCGAGCCCCCAGCUGUCCCACAGAGAGAACAGCAAGAGCGCCCUUACCCAGCAGACUGCUCUCUGAGGAAGGAAGGCACAAGAGCAGAAGGCACACCACAGCCGCCAGUUUAUCAGAGCUUUCCGGGGGAAAUUCCCACCGUGUCUCUUUUCUAAAAAGCAAAGACUGGCCUGAAGCAGUCGGAACUGUUUCCAAAGCGGCAGUGAAGUGAAGAGAAACAUGCCCUGUACUGCCAACAGCAGCACUGAUCUGAAAAGUUCCCCUUCAAAAUCUCCCUGGAGCCUGACAUGUCUUCUCAGCCCUAGAGCCCUGGGUACCUGCCCACAGUUGUAAACUGAUGUGCUGCUUGUGACACUGCUGAUGCCACCUCUUAAAAAGACCUUCACCUUCUGGCUGCCACAAAGCCCGUAUGUAUUGCUUCCGGUGUGUAGCCUGGCAGCGUGAAUGGGAAGGGGGGUGCUGGGUUUCUGUAUCACCGGCUGGCAGUUGCUAACGUUGUUAAACCCCACAGGUGUGCUAGCGACGAACGAUACAGUGGCACAUACCUGAGUUUGAAAAUAAAAGCACAUUUCCAAAUCUU